UAUUUUCAAAGUGUUCGAAGAUAAGCAAGAAAAAUUGAUAUAGAGAUAGAUGGAUAUGAAUUCCACACAAGCAAUCAAGAGAUUAUUUUAAGUUAUAAAACAGUGUAAUCGGCAGUUAUAUGCUCAUCUCCAUCAGAAAACAAAGAAAUAAUUGAAAGCUUUAGCCUUUAUGAAACAAUGUUGUUGAGGAACUUAACAAGAAGAGCAAAUUCAGUUUGUUCAAGGUUGAAUUCAAAUCCAUGGAAACCAAAUCCAGUUCAUUUUUUCCAUAAAGAUAGAAACUUUUGCAGCAUAUCGGUUCUGGGUGAUGGCAUCGAUCGAAAUUCUGAUGCUUUUGUGCGUAACUCUAAUGCCAUGGAUGAUCUUAUGUCCCAACUUCAAUCCCACAUCAAUAAGGUGCUGGCUGGAGGAGGAGAAGCAGCUGUUAAAAGGAACAGAAGUAGGAAUAAGCUUUUACCUAGAGAGAGAAUUGAUAAGCUAAUUGACCCCGGCUCCUCUUUCCUUGAGCUUUCGCAGCUUGCAGGCCAUGAAUUAUAUGAAGACGUCUUACCAUCUGCUGGAAUAAUAGCUGGAAUAGGUCCUGUUCAUGGGCGCCUUUGUAUGUUUGUGGCAAAUGAUCCUACUGUUAAGGGAGGAACUUAUUAUCCCAUUACUGUGAAGAAACAUUUAAGGGCACAAGAGAUUGCUGCUCAAUGCAAAUUACCGUGUAUAUAUCUUGUUGAUAGUGGAGGUGCUUUUCUUCCAAAGCAGGCUGAGGUCUUUCCUGACAAGGAAAAUUUCGGCAGAAUUUUCUACAAUCAAGCUGUAAUGUCUGCCGAAGGCAUUCCUCAAAUUGCACUGGUAUUAGGUUCUUGCACUGCUGGUGGUGCCUAUAUUCCUGCAAUGGCCGAUGAAAGUGUAAUGGUCGAAGGAAAUGCAACCAUAUUUCUAGCUGGACCACCACUUGUGAAGGCUGCUACGGGAGAGGAAGUCUCUGCAGAAGACCUAGGAGGUGCUGCUCUUCAUUGCAAGACUUCUGGGGUUUCAGACUAUUUUGCUCAAGAUGAAUUGCAUGGACUUGCUCUUGGGAGGAACAUCAUCAAGAACUUGAACAUGGCUGGAAAACAAGGAAUGAAAAAUGGAUUGCAUAACCUAAAUCUUGACUAUAAAGAACCAUUAUAUGACGUAAAGGAACUGCGUUCUAUUGCUCCAGCAGACCUUAAGCAAGCCUUUGAUAUCCGCACAGUUAUUGCUCGAAUUGUUGACGGCAGCGAAUUUGAUGAAUUCAAGAAAUUGUAUGGAACUACUCUUGUAACUGGGUUUGCUAAAAUUUUCGGACAACCUGUUGGAAUUAUCGGAAACAAUGGGAUAUUGUUUAAUGAAUCUGCACUAAAGGGGGCCCAUUUUAUUGAGCUAUGCACUCAACGAAAUAUUCCGUUGGUCUUCCUUCAGAAUAUCACCGGAUUCAUGGUUGGUUCAAGGUCUGAGGCAAAUGGUAUUGCAAAAUCUGGGGCAAAAAUGGUGAUGGCAGUUUCAUGUGCGAAGGUUCCCAAAGUAACUAUUAUCGUUGGCGGAAGCUUUGGUGCUGGAAACUAUGCAAUGUGCGGACGUGCAUAUAACCCCAAUUUCAUGUUUCUUUGGCCAAAUGCUAGAAUUUCUGUGAUGGGUGGUGCUCAGGCUGCAGGAGUACUGUCUCAAAUAGAAAUGGCAAACAAGAAAAAGCAAGGAAUUCAGUGGACGAAGGAGGAAGAAGAAAGGUUCAAGGCGAAAGUGGUAGAGGGGUAUGAGAAGGAAGGAAAUUCAUAUUACUCGACGGCGAGGCUAUGGGACGACGGAAUAAUUGAUCCUGCUGAUACAAGGAAAAUCAUAGGGCUUUGUAUCUCUGCUUCCAUGAACCGUCCUUUAGAAGACACCAAAUUUGGUGUUUUUAGAAUGUAAAGUAACUUGUACUCCAAGUUUCAAAAGAAGAAACAAGUAAAUAAUGUAACCUGUUGUUUCUUUACUGCAAUUAAAGAAAUUAUAUCAAAGUAGUAAAAAUGCUUUCUGUUCA